CACAAUGGCAAAGAGGAAGCGAGAGGCGCCCGAGAGCGCCGCCGCCGCAAAGGCCCUGAAGAGCAGGAAGGACGACGUCGCGUCGACGCCAAAGCAGCCCGCGCCACAGGACAUCGCAAUCCGCAAGAGAAGGGAACCCGCAGUCACCAGAAAGGCCGCCGCAGAAAAGGCCACACAGGUGAAUGGCGAUGCAGCGAAUGGCGACUCGCCGCCCGACACGAUAUCCAUCCAAGUCGUCACUGGUUCUUAUGAAAGAGUUCUCCAUGGCUUUGCAGCGUCCAUCCCAGGCAGCCUGCUCGCCGCGGAGCAUGCCUCCACAUCUGAGGCCGAGCGGCCAAAAGUCGACUUCACCGACACAUUUCUGUUCAACGCCCAUGCGUCCGCAAUCCGCUGCAUGGCCAUUUCCCCGCUGUCGGACGAAACAUCCAAGGUCACGCUGGCAACAGGCAGCACAGACGAGCGGAUAAACCUGUACUCCAUCUCAACGGCGCCGCCGCCAGCAUCGUCGAAACUGCAGCCCAAGCUACCCUCUCUCAGCGGCGGCUCCAUCACGGAAAACCCAAAGAACAAGGAACUCGGAUCGCUGCUCCACCACUCGUCCAACAUCACCGCUCUGUACUUUCCCACACGAAGCAAGCUGCUCAGCUCCGCAGAAGACAGUACCAUUGCCAUUGUCCGGACACGCGACUGGACCGCCCUGUCAACCAUCAAAGCGCCGAUUCCAAAGCCCCAAGGCCGGCCCAGCGGCGACACGGCCGGCCCGGGCGAAGUGCCCUCGGGCAUCAACGACUUUGCCGUGCACCCCAGCAUGAAGCUCAUGCUGAGCGUGGGCAAAGGCGAAAAAUGCAUGCGCCUCUGGAACCUGGUCACGGGCAAAAAAGCCGGCGUCCUCAACUUUGACCGCAGCAUCCUCGCCGCCGUAGGCGAAGGCCGCUUCUCCUCUGGCGAAGCCCGCCGCGUAAUCUGGGACCCGGAAGGCGAGGAAUUCGCCCUUGGAUUCGAUCGUGCUCUUGUCGUCUUCACCAUUGACUCCAAACCCAAGGCCAAAAUCGCGCCUUUUCCAAGAUCAAAAAUACACCAGAUGGCGUAUUUACCAGAGACGCUACAACAACCCAACAUCCUGCUUGUGUCGACCGAGGAUGGCAGAGUCCUGGUUUACGAUACGAGUGCUACAGAUGCUUCGUCGUCUACAGACCAACAACAGCAACACAAUGCAUUCGCAAAAUCCAAACAACAAGACACCACCAUCCCCCCUGCCAAGCUCAUCGCGCAAAUCGGCGGCCCGGCCGCAGGCAUCACCAGCCGCAUCAAAGAUUUCGAACUCGUCCCGCUCUCACCUCACAGCUGCAUGCUCGUCACCGCAUCCAGCGACGGCACAGUGCGCCUCUGGGCGCUGCACACAUCUGAACUAGACACAUCGAACCAACAACAGCAACAACAACAACAACAGAAAGACUCUGUUCCCGCUGCUGCUACUACUGCUGCAAAGGGUUUCUCGGCUCCCUCGAUCGGCUCCCUGCUCGCUUCGUAUUCCACGGGUACCCGCAUCACGUGCUUGAAGGCGUUUCCCUUGACGGGCGAUCCCGAUGAUGCCGACGAUGACGCUGUGCUGCUGCAGCGCCGGAAACAAGAGGCCGAGUCGAGUAGUGAUGACGACGAUGACGAUGAUGAUGAUGAGAAGUAAGGGAAAAAAAUCAAAAAGUGCAUGGAUACACAGUAUUCUUGCUGUUGAUG